UCACAAAAGCCCCCCAAAAGUUGAUCCUGCCGGCGCCAAGGACGAUGGAGGCGGCGAUUGGCGCGGCACGUGGGCUCGUCGGCAGGGUAGUGAAUCUGCUGUCCAACGACCUUGUGCAGGCGUAUGUCGCCAGUGCUGAGCUCGGCCUCAACUCCGAGAAGACCAAAGAUGAUCUGAUGCGCACACAAGUGGUGCUGCGGGAGGCCCAGCGUAGAGGCGUGAUCAACAACCCCAGUUUGGAGGAGCUGCUGCACAAGCUCCACACCAAGGUCGGCAAGGCGGAGGACGCGCUGGACGAGCUCCAGUACUUCAUCAUCCAGGACCAGCUCGACGGCACUCAGUACGCUGUGCCGGAUCUGGGCAAUACCCUCUGGGGUCAUGCUCGCCACAUCCGUCAUGCCAUUCACCAUGCCAUCGGUAACUUCAUCCUUCCAUGCUUUUCUUGUUGGCUGCUGCAAGAUGAUGAUCAUGGUGCUGCUGCUAUAAAUCAUCCUCACAAUACCUCCAACCCAGCUAGUGGUAAUGAUGGUUCAGUUACUAAGUUGUCAUUCGACAGAGUGGCCAUGUCCAAGAAAAUCAAACAAGCCAUAGAGGAAAUGCACUCCCUGUGUGACCAAUUCUUGGAGUUGCUAAAAAUAAUCCCAGACCAUAGUAACAGUACUACAACUGUCAACCUAAAACGACCUCUCACAGGAUCAAUCACUGCACAAGAUAAAUUGUAUGGGAGGGAAGACCUGUUUGAGCAAACCAUAAAAGAUCUCAUCACCAAUUGCACAGAUAGCAAUAAAGCUCUUUCAGUUAUGCCUAUAAUUGGUCCAGGGGGUAUUGGAAAAACAACCUUCACCCAACACCUGUACAAAGAUAAAAGGACACGUGAACACUACCCUGCCAGGGCUUGGAUAUGUGUCUCAACUGAUUUUGAUGUGCUUAAGCUCAGUCAGCAGAUCCUUAGCCAAAUUGAAGAAAACAAUGAUGCAUAUCAAACAUCAAGUUUAAACCAGCUCCAGAAUUCCAUUGAAAAGGGGCUCAAGUCUAAAAGGUUUUUGAUUGUCUUUGAUGAUAUAUGGGAAUGCACUACUCAGGAUUGGGAAACCCUGCUAGCUCCUAUGGGAAAGGGCGAAACCACAGGUAACAUGGUUCUCGUCACAACUCGGUUCCCAUCUAAAGUUGAUGAUGUGAAAACAACCGACCCGAUUCUGCUGAAAGGCCUUGAGCUGGAUGAUUUUUUAACAUUCUUCGAAGCAUUAAUAUUUGAAGGACAAAUACCCCACAAUUUGAAAGAACUUGCAAAGGAUAUUGCCAAGAAAUUGAAGGGUUCACCUCUAGCAGCCAAAACACUAAAAAUUAGUCCAUCGGAAUUUGGUUCAGAAGUGACUUUUCCUAGCACACUGUCAAGAUUUUAUCACUUGCAAUUAUUGGACCUAAGUGAUUGGUAUGAUCAAAGUGUUAAAUUGCCCAAUGACAUUAACCGCCUUACCAAUUUAUGCCAUUUUAUUGCCGAAAGAGAAGUCCAUUCCAAUGUUCCUGAGGUAGGAAAGAUGAAGUAUUUAAAGGAGCUUAAAGAAUUCCAUGUCAAGAAAGAGAGUGUUGGAUUUGAAUUGAGUGAAUUGGGGGAUUUAACAGAGCUUGGAGGAGAACUCAGUAUAUAUAAUAUUGGAAAUGUGGCAACCAAGGAAGAGGCCAUGAAAGCCAAGCUUGUGUCAAAAGGUGAUUUGGAAACGUUGAGGUUGGUUUGGGGAGGAUUGGAUGCAUCGGAACCAUCUGAUGAAUUAUCUGAUGUUCUUGAUGGUCUUGAGCCACACCCUAAUCUUCAAUCACUUGGCAUUGAAAACCAUGGUGGUUCAGUCGGUCCACAUUGGUUGUGUGGUCACAUGAGCAUAAAGAUGCUUGUGUCUCUCCACCUAGAGGGUGUGUCUUUGGCCAUUCUUCCACCUUUUGGGCAGUUAUUGCAUCUCAGAUCACUCAAAUUAAUUAACAUUUCCAGUCUUGUUCAGAUCAAACCAGGGGUUGUUGGGGUCACGGCUAAAAGUUUUACGCAGUUGAAGGAGAUUGUUCUUGAUUCUUUGUCAGAAUUUACCCAGUGGGAUGAGGCGCCUAAUGCCCAUUCAUUUUCAAUGCUUGAAAAAAUUGUUUGCAAAGAAUGCCCCAAUCUCUAUGCAUUGCCAUUCCUGCAGGAUUGCUCUAUGGGCUCUUAUAACCAUCUGUGGAAACUUGAAAUUACUGGUUGCCCAAAGUUGCCUAUGCCCCUCAUGCCUCACACUUCCACACUAACUGACGUUACUGUGGAUACUAGGCGUACUGGGAGAAUGGUGUACGCGAACCAUAAUUUGUAUUUGACAAGGUAUAACAGGGCAUUAGCCUGGCAUAAUAUGGCCGGCAAAGUAGAGAGCAUCACAUUUAAAGCUGGAUCAACAGUCCCAUGGAUAAUCCUACAAAGUUUAACCUCCUUCAAGAAACUUGUAAUUGAAGGAGACUCAAGCAAGCAAUCGUUGGCUUCGCUCUCAUACCUCACGUCUCUCACCAAUUUAAGAAUACAAGAUUGUAAGAAUUUCAAAGUGGGUGGGUUCAAUCUUCUCAUGGCUUCCAACCUCAAGGAUUUGGCGGUCCACAACAUAACUGAAUAUUACCCUCGCUCUGUAGCCGCGGAUCUUCUCUCGGAAUUGGCGGUGGAAAUAACAAGGAGUAAAAAGUUAUUACCACCUACAGCUGGCUCUUUACUCCAGUUGGUAAGACUUAAUGUGGAUAGCAUCUCGGCUGUGCUUGUUGCUCUAGUUUGUCGCCUACUCGCUGCUACCCUCAAGGAGUUAGUGAUCACGUGUGAUCGAGAGGUGGAGAACCUCACCAAAGAUGAAGAGAAAGCGCUUCAGCUCCUCACCUCACUCCAAGAACUAAGUUUUUGGAGGUGCCAUCGUCUGCGGUCCUUCCCUCAAGGGUUACACGGCCUUCCUUCUCUCAGGAAACUACAAGCCAUCACUUGUCGACGAAUCAGAUCGCUGCCCAAGAAGGGAAUCCCCACUUCUCUGCGGGAGCUAUCAAUAAAUGAUUGCAGUCGCAAGCUACACAAUCAAGCCAAGAAACUAAAUCAAAGAAAUUUGUCUGUAAGCGCCUAG